CAGAGCAGUCGGGGGUCAUGAGGAGACCUGAACAGACCAGAUCAACCUGAAGCGUCCUCCGUCUGCAGGAGGGAACAGGAAACACUUUUCCUCUGAAAACCACAGAGAGUUUAUCUGAAGAGAGCCGGGGCCUGAACGUCAGCUGACGGCUGCAUGUGAGUCAGUCUGUCCUUGUGUGAGGCGUUCACUGACUGCUGCCUGAGUGGCAGUUUCCUGUGAACAUCAAUGCCUGAGUAAGGAAGCCUGUGAGGGUCAGCUCUGCAGGAUGCUGCAGCUGUGUAAAGUCACCAGCGCUCUGUUUAUCAGUAACGCGCGCUCAGCCUGCAGUGACGAGCUCCUCCAGAAGGAGGCGGUGACGCUCUGCAUCAACGUGUCCAAGCAGCAGCCGUUUCCCUCUGCCGCCGCCAUCACCAAGCUUCAGAUCCCCGUGUACGACGACCCCAACGAGGACUUGUACGCUCACUUCGACCGCUGUGCCGACGCCAUCCAGAAAGAGGCGAACUGUGGAGGACGCAGCGUCGUCUACUGCAAGAAUGGACGCAGCCGCUCGGCCACUGUCUGCAUCGCCUACCUGAUGAAACACCGCAGAUUGACGCUGACCGACGCACUGCAGAAAGUGAAGACGGCUCGUCACGAGAUUGAUCCAAACCCCGGCUUCCUGUCUCAGCUGCAGAGAUACGAGCAGGAGCUGAAGAAGAGACGAGGACAGACGGACUGACAGACAGACAGAUGGACGUCCGUCUGCUCCACCAGACGCCUUCACACUGACCUGAAAUCAGCCUGCAGGUGAACGACUCCCUCUCUGUCCACCUUCUCACCGUCUCCUACUGUAACUCAGUGCGAACUCUGUUUUCUGAUCCUUAAUGAUCUUUUGUGACUGUUAGCAGAAACAAGAUUACUGAAGUCAGAGCUGAAACGUUUUCAUCGACCUGAGAUUUAAUUUCACUUAAAGACAGACGUGAAGGUCUGAAGGGUUAAUGUCACUUGUUUCAACUGACUGUAGAGUUUCAGUGUUGCAGCAGUUUCUUCAUGUAAAUCACAAAAAAAACAAAGAGGAAGAGACGAAAACAAUUUAAAGGCUGAAUCAUGAAUAAUUAGUAAAAUACACAAAAUAAAAUGAAGCAAUAUUAAAAGAAUAAAGUAGAGAAUAGAGACUAUAAUGUUAGGACUGAAUAAACACAUGGGUGCAAACAACAAUACACAAUAACUUUAUUCGUACAUAACUAAGUGCUUUAAUUAAAAAGGGAGGGGGGCAAUAAAAAAGCUGAUUAAUAAGAUCAUGUAAAUAAUAUAACACAGUCUGGGAGAUAUAAAGCCAGGUUAUUUAUUUAUUUUAGAAGAAAACUAGAAAAGCACUCAGAGUGCAGACCUCCGCCAAGUAGGUGAUA